CUUCGAUUUGAUGCUGUUUGUGGGGGGGGAGUAGUCAGUUUGUUGGGUAUAUAUAUUUAUGGUUAAGUGGUUUUAUUAAUAAUUUAAAUAAAUUCGUCGAAUAAAUACCACGCAUAUUUAUAUAUAAUAAAAGUGAAAAAAUUUUUGGUGGUGAAAAGAAGAAUUUUGAUAGUGAGCUGUGAUAAUGAGAAAUAUUUUUGUGACUGCACUUUUGUGCCUCUCCUACACAUAUGCUGCCGAAAUAAGACUUCAGAACCUGGACCCUCCAGAAGCCCAGCAAAUUAUAGACCAACAAGACACUAGUUUGAAUUACGCUCCAAAAGUUGAAUCCAGCGUUCCUGCUAUAAGGUUUUUGGGUAAUGAACCUCAUCAUGUCUUGGAGGACAUUUACCUGGCCAAACAGUAUCAUGGUCAAGACGGCUUAGGAGGGUACCUCUACGGGUACAACGUACCCGAUAUCUCCAAAACUGAACGGAAGAAGGCUGGAGGAGAUUUAAGAGGGGCAUACAACUAUAUUGCAGGAAAUGGACAAGAGAUUAAGGUUGAAUAUUGGGACGAUGGUACAGGUUUCCACCAAAUCGAUAACGUGCCCAAAAUUUUGCCCAAGCAAAUCGACGAUCUACCAGCCGUUAAGGCCGCGAAAGAUGAACAUUUGAGGUUGUGGAAAGAGCAAGCCGAAAGAAACUCCAAACCCAUAGAAAGCCCCUACGACAGUCACGGUAACUACAAAAGUGGUCCACUCUCGGCUCAAGGGCAAGCUGAACGGGCUCAACAAUUUGCCCAACAGCCACAAUAUCAACAACCUCAAGGCCAAUACCAACAGAGCCAAGGACAAUAUCAACAACCUCAAACUCAAUAUCAACAGCCUCAAGGCCAAUACCAACAGAACCAAGGUCAAUAUCAACAACCAGGUCAAUAUCAACAACCUCAAGGCCAAUAUCAACAAAACCAAGUCUCGUAUCAGCAGCCCCAAUACCAAGGAAGUCAAUCCCAAGUAAACACUCAAUACCAGCAAGCCCCAGGGGCUCAAAAGCCUCAAGCAACUCAGUACCAAGCAAGUGCCUCUCAACAAUCGACUCAAUACCACCACGCUCUUCCGGUUCAACCUCUGGAAGCCACAAACAACUCUGUAGGUGAUCGGGAUGAGUACAGUGGUCAAGAUUCGCAGAACAAAAAUGUCUACGCCCAGCAAAAUCAGCAAAACGAUGGUGAGGAUGAUGGAAGCUACAGGGCGGAGCAAAAUGAUGAACCUACCGGACCACCGAAAGGUUUCUUCUACAGUUUUGAUUAUCCAGUGGGGAUAAUUGUUGACAAGCAAGGCAAGGCUGAUUUGCCAGGUGGUCAAGGGAACGUUCACGACGUCUACCAACAAAACAAAUCGAAUUUCGAACAGCAGUUGAAGGCUGGAACUGGAAAUGGACAAGCAUACACCUACUCUCAUUGAUGAUUUAAUUAUUAGUAUUUAUUGUGAUUUUUUGGUUUAAGAAUACACUUUUUUGUAUA